AUGGCUAAUCUUCCCAACUUGCGCCGCCUCUUUGUUGAGGCCCGAACGGAGGUCGAGGAGAAUGAGUACUCUCGAACAGCGUUCUACAACCUAGUCCUUUUUAUCUCCUCCGUCGCUGUGUUCAGUCUUGCCGCUCAGCGCAUGAGCGGUCACAAGGCCGCCCGAUGA